AUGAAUCUGCCUGCAGCUGAAGCAGAGAAGAACCAGGGGCAGAGAUCAUCAGCAAUGGUCAACAACAAUGGCAACAAUCCCAGAGUUGUUAAUGCUGAUAACACAACGGGCGCUAACAUUAUCAUUCAAUUCAACCCUGCGUCCCAAUUACCCAUCAAACUCAGCGGUGGCAACAACUUUGCCACCUGGAAAGCGCAAUUCUCCAUGCUUAUAUAUGGUUACAAUCUAUUUGGCCAUCUCGAUGGGAGUACUCCUGCCCCUAGUCGCACCCUUACCAUUGGCACCAAUGACGCUCUGCACACCACUUAUGCAAACAUAUCACAAACCUGUGUCUUUAGCCUGCGUGAUCAACUUGCUCGCGUCACUAAGGAAUCUCGCUCCAUCACUGAAUAUCUUCACACUAUUCAGUCCCGUUCAGAUGAGUUAGCCACGACUGGUUCUCCUGUGUCAAAUCCCGAACUCAUCGUCAAAAUACCUAGCGGUCUAGGUCCUAAAUUUCAUGAAAUCUCUGCUACUAUCCGUGCACAUGAAACGGAUAUCUCAUAUGAAGAAUUGUUUGAAAAGCUUCUUGACCAUGAACUCUUCCUUCGUCACGGGGAUGUUAAGAAACUUUCUAAUCCCAUAACUGCCGCAGUUGCGACUCCCACCAAAUCCAAUACCAAUAACUGUAACAAUCGUAGGCAGAGUAAUUCUCCACAGUAG